CACACCAGCGACACAGAAGAAGAAGAAGGAAGAGGAGGAGGAGGAGGAGGAGGGGAAGAAGAACGAACACACACCAGCGACACAGAAGAAGAAGAAGAAGGAGGAGGAGGAGGAGGAGGAGGAGGAGGAGGGGAAGAAGAACGAACACACACCAGCGACACAGAAGAAGAAGAAGAAGGAGGAGGAGGAGGAGGAGGAGGAGGAGGAGGAGGAGGAGGAGGAGGAGAAGAAGAACGAACACACACCAGCGACACAGAAGAAGAAGAAGAAGGAGGAGGAGGAGGAGGAGGAGGAGGAGGAGGAGGAGGAGAAGACAGCAGCAGCAGCGACAGUAUGAAGGACAGAUCAGUAGGGGAAAUCUCAGUCACCAUCCCUCAGCUCAGCAUAAUCUCGCUCCGCUCAGCACGCCAGGUCAGCAGUCUCGUGAGGCAGUUCAGCGCUGACCCCCCGCCCCCCCUGACCCCCCAGCACCCCUCUGAUGCCCCCCAUAGCUACCCUGGGGCAACACACAGCCAUGGGGUCGCAAAAAUCAUUGGUCAACUUGAGAUACAGAGGAACGGAAGGGAAGGAAAGGGGAGGGAGAAGGAGGAGGAGGAGGAGGAGGAGGAAGAAGAGAAGAAGGAGAAGAAAAUAAUAUGCUAUCUCCAACAGUUAAAGAAGAGGAAUGAGGAAGAGGAGGAGGAGGAGGAGGAAGAGAGGAGGAGGAAGAGGGCUGUCAUCUCCCAUAAGCAUACCUCCUCCACCUCCUUCUUCUUCCCCUCCUCCUCCUCCUCCUCCUCCUCUGUUACUGUUGCUUCCUCCUCCUCUUCCUCCUUUUUCCUUCCUGAACCUCCUCCUCCUCCUCCUCCUGUCCCGACUUCCUCCUCUUCUCCUCCUCCUCCACCUCCUCUUCCCUCUUCCUUACAUCCCACCUCCUCUCCUCUCCAUUCCUCCCUUCCUCUUCCUUCCUCCUCUUCCUCCUCCUCCUCUUCCUCCUCCCAUCUUUCCUCCACCAAGCCAAGAGAAAGAACAGAAUGGAGGAGGAAGAGAAGAAAAGAGGAGGAGGAGGAAGAGGAGGAAAAGAGCAACAAAAAAGAGGAAGAGGAAGAAAUAAAUGCCAUAGUUAAAGAGGAAGAGGAAGAGGAGGAAGAGGAGGAGGAGGAGGAGAGGAAGAGGAGGGAGGAAGACAGUGCCAUUAAAGAAGAAGAAAUGAGUGCCAGAAAAGAAGAGGAAGAAGAAGAAGAAAAAGAAGAAGAGGAGGAGGAGGAGGAGGAGGAGGAAGAACCAAGUGCCAUAUGGAAGGAAGAAGAGGAGGAGGAGGAGGAAGAAAUUAGUGCCAUAGGGAGGAAAGAGGAAGAAGAAGAGGAGGAGGAGGAGGAGGAGAACAGUGCCAUAGAGGAACAGGAGGAGGAGGAGGAGGAGGAGGAGGAGGAGAACAGUGCCAUAGAGGAGGAGGAGGAGGAGGAGGACAGUGCCAUAGACAGAGUGCAAAAGAGGAGUGCCACCCCCUCCCUCUCUCACCUCCCCUCCCCCACCCCCUCUCCCACCCCACCACGGCACCCCCUCACACCCCCUACCCCGCGGCCCCCCUCUCGCGGACAGUGCCAGGGCCAGCGCAGCAGAUCCCUGAGUGCCAGCAUAGACAGCCUCGGGCCCCCCAGCCGCCCCCCUCAGAGGCCAAGGGGGGGCGGGGGGGGCCUUGGACGCAGGUGUGUGAGUACGGCAGCCCUUGACCAGGAGGGGGGUGCCAAGGCUGCCGGGGGUGCCAGGGCGGGAGGGGGGCUGCGUCGGGCGCUCAGCACAAGCCUCACCAGCAUUAGGGGUGCCGGAGGGGGGCGAGGAGGGGGUAGGGGGGUGGUAGGGAGUCCGGACUAUAGCCAUGUCCAAGGGAAAGUCCGGCAAUAUAUCAAGGAGAUUAAACAGCUGAGUGCCAAGUGCCGUCCUCCGCCGCCCAGUGCCUCCACGUCGCUCCCCGCCACCCCAGCACGCACCUGGCACCACCCCAAUCACCCCACAUAUCGCACCGGCACCCCAGACCUCGACCAGCUCCUCCACCUCACCGACGCAGAGGAAUCCGAACUUUCCCCGCGACUCCGAGACCUCCGGCGCUUGGUCUUGGAAGGGGGCGGGGCGGCGGGGGGCAUGCUGGGGGAGGUCCUGGGGAUGCUGGUGGAGGAGCGGAGGUGCCGGCACUCUAGCGACACGACCCUAGCGGCACUUCAACUCCGAUAUGAUAACCUGAACGCAAUGCUUGCCGAGAAGGAGAACGAAAUUGACAGACUCCGACUCCUACGCACUCAGGAGGUGACGAAGGAGUACGUCGUGACUCUGAGGACUCGCAGGGGGAGCCUUAAUGACCUCCCCCCCCCGACGCCCCCCCCAGCCUCCCCCGUCACCCCUGGAACCUCCCCCAAUACCAGCAAAACAUGCCCCCUGGCCCUCACCCCAAGCCAGGUCUCAUCAAGUGCCCCCUGCCUUGUCCGAGCGACCUCCACCCCCAUAGCUGACCCCCUGCCCAACCUGACCUUUUCCCCCUACACUCCAAGCCCCCUGGGGAGGUCAUCCACACGGGGGGCAGAGGGGGGAGAGGAUAGGACAGAGAGAAGACAAGAGGAAGUAAAGGAAGAAAGGAGAGAUAGAAGUGGAGGGAAGGAGGAAGGAGGAAGAGAGGAGAAGAAGAAGGAGGAGGAGGAGAAGAGCAAGAGUAAGGAAGAGGAAGAAGUGAUAAAGAAGUGGAUUGAAGAUACAAAGUCCAUCGUCAGAAAGGUCAGUGAGUUGGCGGUGUUGGUGCGCAGCGAGGCCGUUCAACACCACGAGAAAGACACCAUUUGGACCAGCAUCCUCGGCCAGUACUGGCAAAUCUCCACCCAGUUCCCUUUGAUCACCCUCCUCGCCGGGCCACACCACCGCACAGGGACGCUUCUGCAGGACGCUGGGAGGGCCAUACAAGCUGCUGCCACAUCCCUGGGGCUUCAAAUAGUGUCACAGUGCCAGGGGGGAGCCACACCAGGGCCACAGUCUGAUUCACCCAAGAGGAACAGUGCCAAAAGCCUUAAGCCUGAUUCAAGUGCCAUUCCAAUUGUUACGGACUUCACCGGAGGGUCACAUGGCACCCCAGUGGAGGAUUCCGUCCCCCAGAGGUCCCCAAAUACCCCAGGUUCACCCCAAAACCCCAGGGGACUUAAACCACUGGGUGAGGGUGAACGGAAGAGCCCCAGUGUGUGUGUGGGUACAGCGGGGGUUGGUGAGGUGUCCAGUGGGGUGCCAGGGGGGGGGUGCCGAGGGGAAGGUCUUACCCCCAGCCCGGCACUCUCGCAGCAGUCACUGAAAACUGUCGGCCCUCUGGAGAAGGUUAAGCUCUGGCAGGCAUCUCUCAUCCACGACCCAGCUUCUCCUCCCCCAGUGCCAGCCUUCCCCCCUUCCUCCGGCACCCCUAGCCCUGCCCCGUCCCUCCUCUCCCUGGGGUCAAGUCACUCCUUCACCCCGGACAGCAUACCGCUCCCCCAGGCCCCCAGCACACCAUCCGAGGACCAGUCAGCUGAGGAGUGCCGUGAUAUGGAUGAGGCGGAGGGGGACAAGGCACUGGGCGGCGUGGAGUGCCAUUUGCCGAAGCAGUCGUGGCGUUCGAGCAGUGCCACGCCGCGUACCCCCUGGGGAAGACUCGCGCACCCCAGGGACAUUGAUAGUGGGUGCCCAGGGUCGGAACACAGCACAAGGUUUAGCCAGAACGCGAGUCUUGAACCGACAGAGUCAACGCUGGUUUUCCCUCAGUCGCACCCUACACACACCCUCCCUAACACACCCUUACACACCCCAGCCUCCACCACACUCCCCCACACCACAUCCCACGCCUCCUUACCCCCACACGGCUUAUCAAACACCCACAGUGACCCUCAUAUCACCUCCCACAGUCUCCCGCAUCCCCGGUACACUUACAAGGCCCCCACGCACCCCUGCACCCCUUCCAGCACCCCUACCUACCCUGGGGCCACUUCCCAAGCACCCCCACAUCCCCAGGCUGUCCCUAACUCCCUGACACCCACGCACACCCCACAAGACACCCUCACAUACCCCCCCUCACCCCAGGGUCAUAUCUUACCCCCUCCAGCAGUCCCCCAGGUCACGACACAUAUACCAGAACACACACUACCACCCCAGGGCCCUCAGGAGUCACCAUACAGCCACACAGCACCCCCAGUCUCCCCCCAGCUCAGCCCUCCCCCAGAAAGCAAGGCCGCAAGUUCCCCCACCUCGGAGCUUCUGACGAUAGCGUUCUCGAAGCCUCUCGUCCCAUCUCUGGCCCUCCCAAGUAGCAGUGAGGAGGAGGAGCAGGCAGAACAGCAGGGGAAGCAGGGGAUUGACCAGCAGAAGGAAGAGCAGUUUGGAGAUGGAACAGAACAGCACAUUGAACAGACAGAGACACAAGAGGAAGAGGAAAGCAAAAGAGAUGACAGGCGGAGUAAAACAGCUGACCCAUCGCUUGUUUUGAAGGACGGAAGAGGAGGAGGAGGAGAGGUGGAAGACGUGGAAGAGGACAGAGACUCACCACCAUCACCACCACCAUCACCAUCUCCACCACAUCACCAGAAACAGAAAUACAGAGCGAAGUACUUAACACCUCCAUCCACCACCACCAUCACCUCCACCACCACCACCACCACACCACCGACCUCCACCACCAGCGCCAUCUACCGCAGCAUCUCCAAACUCCGCCGGGACUUCAGCAUAAUCCAGCGGCAACUCCUGAGCUCAGCAACACCGCAGAACGCACAGCAACUCAACAGGAAACACACGAAACGACGCAGCAGGGGAAGGAGGGAGACGGAUCACGCGCACACCAACGCACACACGCACAAACGCACACCCAUACGCGCUCUCGACCUCUCCCUUGACCUCUCGCUGACCUCCGACCCCUCCGACACGUCCCUGAACAACCCAACGCAGUGCCAAAUAGGUGACGCGAUUGGCACUUACAGAAUGGCACCCCAGACUUGUUCACCCUAUUCCAAGACACACUCUCAGUUUCCAAGGUCACCCCAGCCUAUGAAGGGGUCCGAACCAGUGCCCAAAGAGUGCCAGAGUCAGAGUAAGGCACCAUGGCACUCCAGAAGACAUGGGGGGAAAGGGGAGUGCCACAGAGCUAAAGACAGAGAGAAAGUGGAGUGGAAGCAUGGGCGGAUUGCACCAGACUCCACCUCCUCCUCCGCCUACUCUCCACCACGUCACAGAUUUCGCUCCACCUCUCCACCACACCGCCAGUACAGACACCAAUCCACGUCACCUCCACACCACCACCACCGCCACCCACCACACAGGAGCCGGGACAUGCAGACCGAGCCAGUGCCGUCCGCAGCGUCGCCUCAGCCUGUCAGGAGUGCCAGUGUGGGUGCCAGAAAUGGUCAGCCUGCAGUGCCGAAUUCUCUGGUCAUCUAUAUCCAGAAUUUCAAUCCUGCUUGUGAGGGAGAGAGUGACUGCCGACACCAACAUCGGCAAAAACAUCACCACCAUCGCAGUAGGAGAAGGGCCCGCUCACAUGACCUCUCCCACACCUUGGACGUCACCACCAGCCUGGCCAAGAACGUGUUGCGGAGAUCCGAGAGUCUGCUGUCCUCCCUCUCCUCCCUCUCCCAGCCCCCUCCUAGCCCCCAGCACCCCAGGGGAAGGAGGAACAGACCCCAGCACUCCCCCAGGCACCAUGUAACAAGAGAAUCGCACCCCAGUCAAUCCCCCAGCCCCCAGCCCCCAAGGAGAAGGACCAGCCCACAGCGCACUUCUCCAAGCCAUCUCCAGGCCCCCAGCAGCUCAGGGGAAGGAGGAACAGACCCCACAUAACAAGAGAAUCAGCCUCCAGUCAUUCCCCCAGCCCCCCAGGACACCUCGGCCACACCACAAGGUUUCCCCAGGGUGCAGGGUAGCCGUUCAGCCUCCUCGUCAUCCCAGCUAAGUCCCCCCACAGGAAUAGCUUUGGUUUGGGGUCCAGGGUUCAGGGUCGUUGAUGGCGGAGUUAGGGGAGUUGGUAGAGGUGGUGGUGGUUGUGGUGAUGAUGGUGGUUGUGGUGAUGAUGAUGGUUGUGGUGAUGAUGGUGGUGUCCCUCUCUGCCCCUCUGUGUCCCUUGAAAUGCAUGGAGUGAGGGAGGGACUGGUUAUGACUGUAAUGGUUAUGGUAGUCGCAAAAGUAGUAGUAGUAGUAGUAGUAGUAGUAGUAGUAGUAGU